UUGAUUUCCGUGUCUUCGUGAAACAACGCCGCAACCAACGCCUUCCUCUUUUUUUCCCCCUUUGCUUUCCGGCGAUCGACCUCGACACCUCGUUGAAUUGCCGGUACGGGACACCGCGUGGAGGUCGAUCCCUGUCCUGUCUCCUUCGACUUCCUUUAAGAUCUGGUUUUUUCAAUCAUCGUGGGCCGUCGCUAUGGUGUCGCUCCCUCUCGCUUAGAUUUACCUCCGCUGCGUCUUCCGCCUCUGCUUCUGGACGAGGAGAAGACCCCAACGCCUGCAUUUGAGGUUUCACCGCCUCGCCGCUGCCGUACCGGGUCAUGGGAGUCGACGUGAUUCAGUAAACUCUAGGGUUUGAUCUGCCGUUUAGGCCUGUCUUUUCUUUUCUGUGGUUCCAUCCCCAAUUCGGUCUAAUUGUUUCUGUGGGAUAAGAAAGAAAAUUUCGUUUUUUCUAGUGUUUGUCGUCUGGAGUUUGUUUUUCUAGGGUAAUUUCGUUUGCAUCCCGAUUUCGUGGCUGUCAGUGACCCUUUCCUUUCAAAGGCCUUUUCUUCGUUUUCCACUCUGUAGGUUCUAGUUUAGGAUGUAAAAAAAAAAAGAAAAAAAAGGUGAAGAAAGGGGUCUUUGGUCUCUUGUAUGCUGGUUGGAAGCUCACUUCCGGGUGAAUUGCGCUCGUAAUCGAUUGCUGGAAGUCUUACUCGUGUUGUCUCUCUGUUGGAUCAAAGCUUUAAUUUAUCUAUUCUGAUGACGUUUUUGUUUGAACAAUCACUUUGUUGGGUGUCUUUAGGGUUUUAGCUUUAUCCGUGUUGUGUUAGCAUCUGCUUCUCCGUGAUCUCUCUAAAAGAGUGAACAUCCCUUUUUUUCCCUACUUUUUUUUUUCUAGGCGCCGUUUAGGAUUAGUUUCAUCGCUGUCUGAUAAUUAGGGCUGCUUGAGUAUUACCAUCUGGAAGGCCUCCUCCCGCUAGACCCAACGUUCGUCUAGUGAAUAUCUCUUUCAUUUUGUUCAUGGGUAGUUCUUCAGAAAUGGGUAGUGCACCUCCACCUUUCCCAAUACAGUAUGGUAUAACAAAGCCAAUCUCGACUGCUGGACCUACUGAGGCUGAUCUCAAGAGGACUGUUGAACUUGAAAGGCUCUUGGUUGAUGCUGGACUUUAUGAGAGCAAGGAAGAAUCUACCAAGAGGGAGGAAGUAUUAGAAGAACUAGAUAAGAUUGUCAAAAAUUGGGUGAAACAAUUAACGCAUCAAAGGGGCUAUUCUGAUCAAAUGGUUGAAGAAGCAAAUGCUGUCAUUUUCACGUUUGGAUCUUAUAGAUUGGGGGUUCAUGGACCAGGGGCUGAUGUUGACACUUUAUGUGUUGGACCUUCCUAUGUUAACCGAGAGGAGGAUUUCUUUAUUAUUUUCCAUGAUAUAUUGGCUGAAAUGGAGGAAGUCUCUGAACUACAUCCAGUUCCUGAUGCUCAUGUUCCAGUCCUCAAAUUUAAGUUCCGGGAAAUACCCAUCGAUUUACUCUAUGCUAGUAUAUCACAGUUAGUUGUUCCACAGGAUCUUGAUAUUUCAAAUGGGUCUGUGCUUUAUGAUGUUGAUGAGGCAACUGUCAGAAGUCUUAAUGGCUGCAGGGGAGCAGACCAAAUCUUGCGUCUGGUGCCAAAUGUAGUGAAUUUUCGAACCACUCUCAGAUGUAUAAAAUUUUGGGCGAAUAGACGCGGUGUUUAUUCCAAUGUCACUGGAUUUCUUGGGGGUGUUAACUGGGCACUGUUGGUUGCUCGGGUCUGCCAACUUUACCCUAAUGCUGUGCCCAGUAUGCUAAUUUCCCGAUUUUUCAGAGUUUAUACACAGUGGCGUUGGCCAAAUCCAGUGAUGUUGUGUGCUAUUGAAGAAAAUGAGCUUGGCUUUCCAGUUUGGGAUCCACGCAAGAACCCACGAGAUCGGACUCACCACAUGCCUAUUAUUACACCGGCAUAUCCAUGCAUGAACUCUAGCUACAAUGUAUCAACAAGCACAUUGAGGGUCAUGAUGGAACAAUUUCAAAUGGGCAACAAGAUCUGUGAGGAAAUUGAGUUGAAUAAGGCUUGCUGGACUGCUCUGUUUGAACCUUACCGUUUCUUUGAGGCAUACAAAAAUUAUCUCCAGGUCGACAUUGUUGCUGCUGAUGCUGAGGAUCUAAGACUGUGGAAGGGUUGGAUAGAAUCUCGUCUUAGGCAGUUGACGCUCAAGAUUGAGCGUGAUACUUAUGGUAUGCUGCAGUGCCAUCCAUACCCAAAUGAGUAUGUUGAUCCAUCCAAACAGUGCUCACAUUGUGCUUUCUUCAUGGGAUUGCAAAGGAAACAAGGGGUUAACAUACAAGAAGGUCAACAGUUUGAUAUUCGCGGUACUGUUGAUGAGUUCAGGCAUGAAGUGAAUAUGUAUAUGUUCUGGAAACCUGGGAUGGAAAUAUAUGUUUCUCAUGUACGAAGGAAGCAAAUACCUUCUUAUGUGUUUCCUGAUGGCUAUAAGAGGCCUUGUCCAUCGAGACCAAUGUUCCUGCAGCAUGUUGAUAAAACUAUGAGUGAAGAGGAAUGCCAAGGUGGAUCCUCAGAGCGGCGACGUAAGAGGAAAGUUGACGUUGAAUGCUUAGGUACUAUCCCAGAUAAACGUGCUUCAAUUAGCCCAGAAAAGGAAAAGUCUCUAAAAUCGGAUGGACAAGGUCCUGUAAGCAUAGAAGAGAAUCAAAGUCAGAGUAGAACAGAUGCCCAAGGUGAAUACACUUGUAAGCAGAUGGGUGGUGAUUCUGUACAACAACCUAAGAUGAAAAUUGAAACUAGUUGCUUGUGUGCUGGACCUAGUAAAAUGGCAUCAAUUAGCCCAAAACAUGACCACACAAUUGAUGGAAGAGAUCAUGUAGUUAAAGUGAAUCAGAAUGACAAUAUGUUAGGUUACCAUGAGGAUCAUGUUGGUCCGGGCAGGCAAUUGCAGCAGUCAGUCAGGAGCAUAAUGGAUGGUGCAGUGGUAAGAUCUUAUGAGAACUACAGCAAGAAGUUGGCAAAUGGAACUUCAUGCCUCGAAUGUGAAGGAGCUUCCACUAGAAAUGUGGCAUCUGAUCUAGAGACUAAGAAACAGUUGGUUCUGCAGCAAUCUGUUGGAUGUGAUAGCAAAAUUGCAGAUGAGAGUCAAAUAUUGCAAGAUGGGAGACAGUUUACAAGUGUAGGGUCGGACCAGAUUGUGAAUGAACCUGCACAAGAUAGUAUGGCAGAUGAGUUGGAGCCAAACAUCACGGUCAGAGUAGCAAUUAAAUCACACGGAGUGUCUACUGAUGCUCCUCAGAAGUCUGCAUUAAGGUUAAGUCUGACUACUACAGCUUAAAGUUUUGGGAUAGGCAAUCAAUUCAUGCGAUGGAUACUUAAACAGGAUCAGCAUAUCAAAUUCUAUGAAUGUGCAGUUCACGGUAAGCUUACUAGACUCGAUGCAGUUUGGCUAAAUGAGACACGCUUGUGUAGGAAGGCGGAUCAACCGACAAUGGUGGAAUUGCUGAAGCAAGAUUGCUGUGAAGGAAGGCCUUUUGUUUGCUGUUUGUAUUUGUCUUAUAUCGAGAUGGGGUAAAAAUAUCCAACUUCUAGAUUUUAGACCGAGGAUCUCCAUCUAGGCUUUAGGUGAGGAUAGGGUUCCCUUUGUUUAAGUAGAGCUAUGUAUACUUUGGUCGAAACAACAGUGGAUUAUUUGUUUCUAUAGGUUAGAUCCAAACAAUACUGAUUGGCAUCCUCUAGUUCUUCAUCGAUUCAAGCGAUGGAGGGUCCAUCACCAAUUUUAUUUUAUUUUUUAACCUUUUCCUUCUCUUCCCUUUCCUAAUGAGACUGGGGGCCAUUUGUUCUUUUUAUUCUGUUUCACUAAUAAAUUACGUGUACAAUCUUUCCUGUGCA